UCUCGCAGCGGGGAGUUCCUUUUGCCCUCACUAGACAUGGCGCUGGCCAGUGUGUUGGAGAGACCGCUAGCGGUGAACCAGCGUGGGUUUUUCGGACUCGGAGGUCGUGCGGACCUGCUGGACCUGAGUCCUGGGAGUCCCAGUGAUGGACUGAGCCUGGCCGCGCCGAGCUGGGGUGUCCCAGACGAGCCGAGAAUCGAAAUGCUUCAUGGAACCACCACCCUGGCCUUCAAGUUUCGCCACGGAGUCAUUGUUGCAGCAGACUCCCGGGCCACAGCCGGUGCCUACAUUGCCUCCCAGACGGUAAAGAAGGUGAUUGAAAUCAACCCUUAUCUGCUGGGCACCAUGGCUGGGGGUGCAGCCGAUUGCAGCUUCUGGGAACGGCUACUGGCUCGGCAAUGUCGAAUCUAUGAGCUUCGAAACAAGGAACGCAUCUCCGUAGCAGCGGCCUCCAAACUGCUGGCCAAUAUGGUGUAUCAGUAUAAAGGCAUGGGGCUGUCCAUGGGCACCAUGAUCUGUGGCUGGGAUAAGAGAGGCCCUGGCCUCUACUAUGUGGACAGUGAAGGAAACCGGAUCUCAGGAGUUACCUUCUCUGUAGGUUCUGGCUCUGUGUAUGCCUAUGGAGUCAUGGAUCGGGGCUACUCCUAUGACCUGGAAGUGGAAGAGGCCUAUGACUUGGCUCGUCGAGCCAUCUAUCAAGCCACAUACAGGGAUGCCUAUUCAGGAGGUUCAGUCAACCUCUACCAUGUCCGAGAGGAUGGCUGGAUCCGAGUCUCCAGUGACAAUGUCGCUGAUCUGCAUGACAAGUACAGUGAAUCUACUCCCUGAAGGAGGGGGGGAUGUGGCCACUUGGAUUUCUUGGGGUGACUGUUGUUGAUAAUAUGGUUACAGCACACCAUCCCGUAGUGAGGGGGUUCCUACUUAUAUUGAUAAUUUUUUUUUAAGCUCUGGUGCAUUGACCAGAUGCAAUGUUACUAGUUAAUGAGCUGCUGCAGGGGCAUAUUUGUUCUACUUUCUUGGAUGUUAACAUUACACUACUCCAUCUCA